AUGUCUCUGUCCUCAAAAAGCGGUUUCGGCAUGAUUGAAGAGAUUCUGGCGACAUUCAGAAGCGGUGGAGCGGGAGUUGCGGGUAGCACCGUGCACGGAGAAGAUGAUGUACCGACAGUAGUAGGGUGGAAACCUCUACCUCUUUUCGGGUCCGGCAGUGCUCGUUCGACGAGUUCUUCAAGAACGAGAAUGGGGAGCCGGUUUAUGCAAGCGAUGCGCCCGGCGAGCAGCACAAGGUGUAGAUUCCUUAUCACGUCUUUCGCGGGCGACGCGCCACUGCCUCCCGAGGGAGACAACGGGGAGAUGCCGGGCGUGGACAUUCGCCCCUACGACAUUCGCUACCCAACGACCACGCUGGACAAGUUUUUGGAUAUCCCACAGAAAAAAGCUGGCAGGUCACAUUUAUAAUGCAAAAAUAGAUACAGAAAAAAAUCUGUAUAGCGUAUCCUAAACAGCAUGCUAUGAGGCCGCCCAUAACAGAUUUUUCUGUGUAUUUACUUUUGCAUUACAAAUAUGCCCUGCCAGCUUCUUUCUGUGGGAUAUUGGACACAAGUUACCCACUAGGCGCGCCCCGGUCGUUGCACCUGGAGCGCCAUAAAAUGCCACAGGCCAUGGCACUGGUGCCGGGUUUCCAGGCGGAGCCCGAGUACCACACCCUGGUUCAGGAAUUUAGGCAGGACUCGAUUUAG